AUGUCCAUCUCAGCACUUUUCGCAAUAACCGGCGAGCCGCGCCGGAGGCCGAGGGCGGCCGGACAGCUACUCCAGGGACUGGGAGAGGGCGGCUCGGAGGGGAGGCCGGGGCCGGGGCAGGGCGACAGCCGAGUGCUCCGAGGACAGCGCUUUGUAGAGCAGUGUUUCAAAAGGGCCACCAAAAAUAAGCGCGCUCCCGCGGUGGCCGUCCAGCCAUGCUCUCCGCGGCUGCCCAACGCGCAUUUCUCUGCAAACCCCUUCCCCAGGUCUGAAGGAGACCAAGAGAGACCAGGACUGGCAACGCGAGAUGCGCACCAGGGCUGGCUGGCCGCCCUGCAGGACCGCAGCGUCCUGGCCCCGCUGGCCUGGGACCUGGGGCUCCUGCUGCUGUUCGUUGGACAGCACAGCCUCAUGGCGACAGAGACGGUGAAGGCGUGGUCGUCCCGGUACUUCGGGGUCCUCCAGAGGUCCCUGUAUGUGGCAUGCACUGCGCUGGCCUUACAGCUGGUGAUGCGGUGCUGGGAGCCCGUGCCCCGAGGCCCCGUGCUGUGGGAGGCGCGCGCCGAGCCCUGGGCCACCUGGGUGCCCCUCCUCUGCUUCGUGCUGCACGUCAUCUCCUGGCUGCUGAUCUUCAGCAUCCUUCUGGUCUUCGACUACGCGGAGCUCAUGGGCCUCAAACAGGUGUACUACCACGUGCUGGGCCUGGGCGAGCCUCUGGCCCUCAAGUCGCCCCGAGCUCUGAGACUCUUCGCCCACCUGCGCCACCCGGUGUGCGUGGAGCUGCUGGUGGUACUGUGGGUGGUGCCAACCCUGGGCACUGACCGCCUCCUCCUCGCUCUCCUCCUCACCCUCUACCUGGGCCUGGCUCACGGGCUGGACCAGCAAGACCUGCGCUACCUCCGGGCCCAGCUACAAAGAAAACUGCAGCUGCUCUCGCGGCCCCAGGAUGGGGAGGCCCCGGGGGCCGAGUGACAGCGCCCCCUCUGGCUCCACGCGGCACUUCCUCUGCCCCUCCAAUCAGCGUUCUCUAACUGCUGGCCCGGCUGACCCAGACCAGAGGUCCGAAUCCGCGGCCAGGGGCCCAGCCCUUCCACGGCUUGAGUCUCCAUUCCCUGGAUCUAGCUCGCUGCCCUGCAUCCCGAGUUUCAGCCACUGGGCUCCAUCCAGGAAGAGGGGAUGUGGGUCGCAUCUGUCGCCUGUCCCCUCACGGUUUAGGGCACGACCCUCUCCGCCCUCACAGGAAGAGGUUGGGCCCGGCUCUUCCCUUCUGGCACCGUUACUGCCUCCGCAUCUCAGGGAUCCCGGUCUCAGCAGGGUCAGCAGGUGUGAGGGCGGUGGGCCCCUCCCGGCCCAGACUGGCCGCCCCACGCCCCACUCCCCUGGGCCCCGCCCCGCCCCGAGCCCAGGGGGCUUUCGCGCUCCUAACGCCAGUGUCUUGGGGCUCCUUGUCCCCCAGGCGCGUGUGCUGCGGGAAUAAACCCAGCCUGGUUUUCUGCACAUGGAUGCGUCUGUCCGUGUCUCCCCGCAGCGCCGAGUUUGGGGAGGAAGGCGAGCCCCAGCCCGGGAGUGCCAAACUCGCGUCCAG